UUAACCUCGAAAGCUCGGAAAAACUUUCAAAGCUCGGUUUCUCUAGUAGCCACAGCAAAAUGCCUUUAGAAUGGCUGUUUGGUCGUCGUAUGACACCAGAAGAAAUGUUGAGGAAAAAUCAACGGGCUUUGAACAAGGCAAUGCGUGAUCUAGACAGAGAAAAAGCUCAUAUGGAACAGCAAGAAAAGAAAAUCAUAAUGGACAUCAAAAAAAUGGCCAAAGAAGGCCAAAUGGAAUCCGUGAAAAUUAUGGCAAAAGAUCUAGUAAGAACGCGUCGUUAUGCAAAGAAAUUCAUGCUAAUGAAGGCUAACAUCCAGGCUGUUUCCUUGAAAGUUCAAACUUUAAGAUCACAAAAUGCCAUGGCAGAUGCCAUGAGAGGAGUCACCAAAGCUAUGCAGAGUAUGAACAGGCAAAUGAAUCUGCCACAGAUUCAAAGAAUUUUACAAGAAUUUGAAAAACAAUCUGAGAUCAUGGACAUGAAGGAAGAAGUCAUGAAUGAUGCAAUGGACGAUGCGAUGGGAGACGAAGACGAUGAAGAGGAAACAGACACCAUUGUAUCUCAAGUUUUGGAUGAACUUGGACUACAGUUGACAGAUACCCUGUCCGGAUUACCUCAGGCGUCAGGUUCCAUCGCAGCUGGAGCCCAAACACCUGUGGCAGCACCUGCUGGCAAUGAUGCUGACGCUGAUCUGCAAGCUCGACUCGACAAUCUUCGCCGAGAAUAAAAUCAUGAGGGUUCCGUCCACAUCCUCCAAAAAAGUCCACUAAUGGAACCAUCCCUGAUAACAAUGGGAAGAAAACUAGCACCAACAAAACUGCUUCAAACUAGCAAAAAUGUUCAGCUUUUUAUCUUUGCAACUGUAAAUAAUUCGGCAUAGUUGACUUCUUUCGGCAAUUUGCUUCCUAUGAUUUAAGGUCGUAAAUUGGUACAUGAAAAUUUGAAUUUAUUUUAUUUUAUUUUUUGAUUCAAUAAGCAGAGAUGUAUUCUGAAUAUAUCUUUGAAAAAAACAAGUGGCUGUGCUGAAGGAAUAUUAGAUCAUGGCUGAACCAAACUGUAACAUCGAUUUGAAACUAAACUCCUUGUAAAAAUGUUUAUUUUAAUGUUUUUGGAAAGAAGCAUUUGGAUCAAUUGAAUAC